GUGGAAAUCCUUGAUUGGAAGACAAAGGAACAGCUAUGCUUCCUAGAAAAGGUGGAACCAAAUGCCACAAUUAGGGAGAUCAGAUUGAUGCUCCAUAAAUUAUAUCCUCAGUGGUAUCCAGCAAGGCAGUCGAUAAAACUUGAUCCAAAAGGAAAGUCCCUGAGGGAUGAGGAAAUCCUGCAGCACCUCCCUGUUGGCACAACUGCUACCUUAUACUUUAAAGAUUUAGGGCCACAGAUAGGAUGGACUACGGUAUUUUUGAUAGAAUAUACAGGUCCAUUGUUCAUCUAUUUUCUAUUUUAUUUCCGCAUGCCUUUUGUCUAUGGACUGGAUGAGAGGUUUACAGCAAGCCCACAUCCAGUAGUUAACUUGGCAUGUAUCUGCCAUUCUUUCCACUACAUCAAAAGGUUGAUUGAAACAGUAUUUGUUCAUCGGUUCUCCCAUGGGACUAUGCCACUGAGGAAUAUUGUGAAGGUAAAUUGUGUCAGAAUCUAUCCGUAG